AUAUUUUUUGCAAGUACUACAAUUAUGUUGUAGUACAAAACUCAACUGAAGAUAAUCUAAUCCGGUAAACCAGUUAGCGGCCAGCGUUUGCGCUCUUCUUAUCCUUCGGAGCUUCACCUUACUUAUGCUUAUUUAUCAUAUACCCAUUUCUACUUCACCCUUCUUCUCGCAAACUACAUCUCUCAUCAAUGGCUUUAUGGAGUCCACGCUUGCAGAGAUUUCUACUCAACAACAACGUUAGUAAGAUCGACUUGAAGAAGCCUAAUAGUUGUAAUAGCAAUAAUCAUAUAAUCGUGAGAAAGUGGAGUAGAGAAGGCAGCCCCCGGUGCUGUUCGGCGAUUGCAAUCGACGCUCCUUCUUCUCUCUCUGAUGGCCUUGGUUCUGGGAUCAGAUGGGGUUCCGCCAAAUUACAAGGUGCUCGAGAGGAGAUGGAAGACGAUGCUGUUAUAGUCGGCUCAUCGCCUCAUAACGAGCUUGAUGGUUUCUUUUUUGCUGCCGUUUUCGAUGGCCACGCGGGUUUCUCUUCUGUUAAGUUCCUCAGGGAGGAGCUAUACAAGGAGUGUGUUAAGGCUCUACAAGGGGGCCUAUUGUUGAGUAAAAAAGACACCAUUGGAAUCGAGAAAGCACUGCAGGAGGCUUUCCAGAAUGCUGAUGCAAAACUUCUAAACUGGCUUGAGAUGAACGGAGAGGACGAUGAAUCUGGCGCAACAGCCACAACUAUGUUCCUAGGAAACAAUAUGCUGUUCAUCUCUCAUGUUGGUGAUUCAUGUGCGGUUCUUUCACAGUCUGGAAAGGCACAAGAAUUGACCAAUUCUCACAGACCCUAUGGAAGAAGCAAGGUUUCCCUUCAAGAGAUCAAGCGAAUCAGAGAAGCAGGUGGAUGGAUUUCGGAUGGAAGAAUCUGUGGAGAUAUUUCUGUAUCCCGUGCCUUUGGUGACAUGCGGUUUAAAACAAAGAAGAAAGAGAUGCUGGAAAAGGGAGUUGCUGAAGGCAGAUGGUCUGAAAAAUUCGUAUCCCGCAUUCGGUUCUUUGGGGACUUGGUUAUUGCUACUCCUGAUAUUUAUCAAGUUACACUUGGGCCUGAAGCAGAAUUUGUAUUGUUAGCAACUGAUGGCUUAUGGGACUACAUUAAAAGCUCGGAUGCGGUCAACUUUGUUAGAGACCAACUUCGGGAACAUGGAGAUGUGCAGGCUGCAUCUGAAGCUCUAGCUCAAAUGGCCUUGGACCAAUAUUCUCAAGAUAAUGUAACCAUUGUGAUUGCUGAUUUGGGGCGGACGGAUUGGGAAAAUUUACCUAUACAGAAACAAAACUUUGUGUAUGAAAUGAUCCAAGCUUUUGCGACCAUUGGUAUUGUGUCCUUUGGGAUAUGGAUGUCAUCUACUGCUUCAUUUUGAAAUUUGAAACUCAACUCUCUCUCUCUCUCUCUCUCUGUCUGUCUGUAUAUAAUCAAAUCAUAUUCUAUUACUGUAAGUCUAUAACAUCUAUACCUUACUUCAUCUAUUAAUCUAUUAUUAUACCCACCAUAAAUGUAUGAUGAUAUCUUGUUUUAAAAGUGUUUUGUAUUUCGAUCAGAAUCAGAUAUGAUAAAAAAAGCCAGCCUUUAUUUAUUCUCAUGCAUCUCAUCUUCGUUCCCAGUUCCCACUUCAAUACAACCAAACAAAUUCUGAUUGAAUUUUAUUUUAAUUAUUUUUCUUAAUACGAGAGCUUAAGUUCCUGUGAGUGGGCCUUGUCCACCUCCCAUCAUUGGAUCAUUGUAGUCUGUCUCGGCUUCAAGCGGUGCAAACUCCCAUGAACGACUCGCCAAAAUGUCUGGUGCUGGGCCCACAGCGGGUGCAUCGCUCAUGUCAUUCCCUACACACACACACAUACA